CCAAAGAUGAACUGGGCAUCAUUUUAUGCUGUCAUCAGCGGUGUGAACAGACACUCCACAGGCAUCGGUCGCAUCUGGCUCUCUGUCCUGUUCAUUUUCCGGAUCCUGGUUCUGGUGGUUGCCGCGGAGAGCGUGUGGGGAGACGAGAAGUCUGGCUUCACCUGCAACACGCAGCAGCCAGGCUGCAACAGUGUCUGCUACGACCACUUCUUCCCCAUCUCCCACAUUCGCCUCUGGGCGCUCCAGCUCAUCCUGGUUUCCACUCCUGCCCUGCUGGUAGCCAUGCACGUGGCCCACCGGCGCCACGUCGACAAGAGGAUCUACAAACUGUCGGGGAGGACCAAUCCCAAAGACCUGGAGCAGAUAAAGACCCAGAAGAUGAAAAUCACAGGGGCUCUCUGGUGGACGUACGUCAUCAGCCUCUUGUUUCGUAUUGUCUUCGAGGUCACCUUCAUGUACGUCUUUUAUAUGAUCUACCCUGGUUACAAGAUGAUCCGGCUGGUGAAGUGUGACUCGUACCCGUGUCCCAACACAGUGGACUGCUUCGUGUCGAGGCCCACGGAGAAGACCGUCUUCACCGUGUUCAUGCUGGCAGCGUCAGGGGUUUGUAUUCUGCUCAACAUUGCAGAGGUGGUCUUCUUGGUGGGGAAGGCUUGCAGUAAGCAUUUGCACAAUGCUGGAGACUUGAGUAUGGGGGCUUGGAUCCAACAAAAACUCUGCUCUUACUAAUCACAAACACAUAUUGCAUACUUGAAUAAAGGGACAAAUAGGAGGCCUUAGAUCCAUGUAACAGCCAGCUAUUUAACUUGUGGAAAAGGUGCAUAUAACAUACUGUACAAUACAGUUUGACGUGGUGAUGAUACAUUUAGUGGUUUAUAACCUCAGUGACAAGCAUUCAGUGUCAGAGUGGGGGAAAGUAGUAUUCAGACAAGUAAGCAUAAUACACAAAGUGUUCUCACCAAAGACUGUAUAGAAAAAAAACAAUAAUUUUUCAUGGGAACAUCACUUCUUGUCACAUGCUUUGUAAAGUCAUCACACUGUGUCAGAAAAGUGUGCCUGACACGCGAUGUAAUGAUAUUUGGGGUAUUUAAAAUGAUCACAUUUUAUUAUUUACAUCAUGACUGCCCCCAAAUGAUGAC